AUGGCUGUGAUGCUGGACGACACAACUGAAUCGAACGAUGAACGCGGCUGCAGCCCUGAGUGCUUCGUACUCGCGCUUGUGUACAUGGACCGCCUGCACCAGAUGCAGGGUUUUGUGCUUACGGAGCUUAACGUGCACCGCGUUGUUAUCACCAGUGUCGUGCUGGCCGCCAAGUUCUUCGAUGAUCACUAUUUCAACAACGCCUAUUAUGCCAAGGUGGGCGGCGUGCCCUGCCCCGAGAUGAAUGAGCUCGAGGUUGAGUAUCUGCUGCUCAUCAACUUCAGCCUGCAUGUGAGCAGCGAGGCGUAUGCGCGCUACUACAACGAAUUGGCCAACCACUACAUGUACACCCGUGUGCGCAACUCGUCGUUGCCGCACUCGCCUUUCUACCAAUUGCGCCACUUUGUGGCACCUGACCCGCAGCAGGAAGGACAGCUCGUGUACGUGACUGAGAGUUACCCGAAGGUGCCGCCGCCACAGGAACAUCGCCGUAGUCAUCCACUGCCACUACAUCAUCAUCAUCAGUCACAGCAAAUGGCCCCCAUGCACCACCGCCGAACAGUAGAAGACGGCGAGAAUGGUGCGGUGACAGCCGCUGGGGACUCCGCAACAUCAGGGAACAACAGCAACGGCAUCGCCUGCACAAAAUCAAGUCGAGCAUCCGGACAGAAAAGGAGAAGCGCAGUCGCGCUCGGGGUGAACGCGUAAAAUACUAGUACUUGGUUGAGAGAGGCGAAAAUAUACCAAGGGCGACGCUAACAUACAGAAACACCAUCAUUUUGACGCGAUGCGAGCAGAGAAAGCCAGAAAAAAACUGAUGCAGCUUGGAAACCCUAAGUCGGUGAGC